AUGUGGCCCGUGCGAACGGGAAGCCGCGAUGGGAUUGUGCAAUAUUUGCCAUUGGCAUCGGUAUCGAGACGUUACUUUUCCCAAGUAAUGGUUUCAAGUUUCACGAUAUCUAUCAACCUCCAAGUUUUGGAGGAUCAUGAAAAUCAAGCUAGACCUAAAGGUACAAAUCUUCCCGUGCUCCGUGAAUGGGGUAAAUGCACUCUCCAAAGUCUAUUAGAGGGCUUCUAUCAAAAGUGGUACUUCGUACAUAUCAAAAAAAGAAAUCAAACUCAGCCCAGAUUGCCUGGAUUUCUAGAUAGUCAGCUCAAAAAAUUCACACUGUAG